GGCGGAGGAGGGGAUUACCGCGUCUCCACCGCGGCGGCGCGCCGGCCCCACGGGGAGGGCCUCCGCCGGCCGCCGCCCCGCCACCCCCAUGAGUGACAGGUGGCCGCCGGGCGCCCGCGGGGCGCGCGCACAUGUGCGCACACACACGGGCGCCCGCACCAGGGACCCCGGUCGCUGCUGCCGCGCGCUGCCCGGCCGGGAGCGCCACUUCCGCGGUCCUCGGUCUUUGGGACCACCCCAGCCCCCUGGCAGGCUCGCUCUUAUUGGCCCACCGACCUGAGUUUUUUGGUGCAAAUCCCCCUCCGGGACCCGACUUGGCUGCCGCUCGCUGCAGUUUUCUUACUAAUCUUGCAGCAAAACAUCCCUGGUGGGGAUGGAUCCCCAGGUGUCCAUUUUAUUUAUUUAUUUAAGCAGAGGUGGCGGCCUGGAGGUAGAAACCGAGAGGUGAUUUUUCAGGGGAGCAUGUUUCCAGGGAUGUACGGAGUGCUGAAUAGCAGGGUUUUCUUUUUUGUUUUUAAGUAAACACGAAAUGAGGAAGCAGGAAGGCAAUAUAUAUUUUUAAAUUGUUUUCUUUGUGACUGGUUGCUGUAUUAAAAGAAGAAAGAAGAGGCAGCACACGAAACAGCUUUAAAGAUGCAAGAAGACAGACCUGUCUUGUAACAGAAUCUGUGUAACCUUGACGAUGCCCUUGUAACAGCAAAGUUUCCAGUGUUCCUAGGGAAGAAAGAAAUGUUACUUAGCGCUUGAUAUUUUAAAAGGGAUUCCGGAAGCUGACCAGUCCAGGGGACAGAAGCAGCUGCCUGCAUCUGAAUCUCUACUCACAUCCUCAAUAAAACACAAGCACAAACAAACAAGCCUUCCGCUCUACUAGGAGAGCAAAUGCCACGAGCUGAACUUCAAAUUACUUCUUCAGUAGAAGAAAGAAAAUACCUCAAAUUCCAACAGAGCUCCCUCCACUGUUGCCAAGGACUUAAGUGAAACCCAGGCUUAAAUCCUUCUAUGAAGAGAAAGUCCAACACCAAGGACUAAAUACUGAACACAGGUUGGAUACUUGAGUGGAAAAGAGAAGAGGUUUGAAAGAGAAUGGGACAGGAGGUGGCAGCCUUGAAGAAGCCUUGCUUCUGGGAAAAGUCAGAUAAAUAGAGAAAGGGCAAUGCCCUUCGGAGGUCUUGUGGUGAAGGAAAAGUGAGAAUUAUAGAUCCGCAGAAAUAAAAGACAACCAAUCCCUCCCUCAGUGUGGUUAUCUAUUAAAAAGUGCACUUCAGUAUACAGUGAGAAGAGGACAUUCUUGAACUAUGAACCCCGUGUCAAAAUGUCUAGUAGCACUAAAACAUCAAAAUAGCUGCAUAUAAAUCUACUGCAAAAAGAAAAAAAAUACAUUUCUUAUGAUGAGAAGAUGAAUCAUAACAUUUCACCUGAUGAAAAUCCCCCCAUCAAUAAAACGACAAAGCAGAGGAAAAUUGUAAGACCUUAUGUCAAACUCUCAAGCUGAACAAAGUAUCAUAUAUUUGGAUACACCCCCCCCCACAUACACACACACACAGAUAGAAUCAGAAAUUCAAAACAUGAGAAUAUAUUAGGCAAAAAUUAGGAAAAAAUACAGCAGGAGUUGAUAAGAUUCAGGAUAGAAAUGGAAAAUAAAGACAAAACUAUCCCAGAAACAAAGAAGAAUUACAAGACGCCCAAGAGAGAAUAUAUCAAAUACAGAUAUGUAAAAGGACACUGAAGAAUGGCAAGAAAAUAUUCAAGAAGUUGAAAAUAAAAUAAAGAAAGGAGUAAAAAGCUUUCAGAGAUAGGUGGUUGAAAUGAAAGCCAGGAAAGAAGAACCAAAAUACAUGUCACUGGAGUCUCUAAAGUAGAAACACCAAACAGUGAAGCAAAAUUAAUAUUAACACCGUCAUCCCAGAUGUAACAUACGGCAUGAUGACGAUAGUUACCACUGCUGUAUGGUACUUUUGAAGGUUGUUAACAGAGUGCACCCUAAGAGUUCUCAUUACCGGGAAAAGAAUAUUUUUUCUUUCUUUCCUUUUUUUGUAUCUAAAUGAGAUGAUGAAUAUUAACUAAACAUUGUGAUAUUCAUUUCACAAUAUAUGUUAGUCAAGUCAUUAUGCUGUGCACAGUGCUAUAUGUCAAUCAUAUCUCAAUAAAACUAGGGGGGAAACUAUAAUCCCAGAAAAUAAACCAGAAAUAAGAGAAAAUUUAAAUUAUAUAUUGAAAGUGCCUUCCAUGUACCUUGGAAAACUGAGUGGAAUAAUCAACUCCAAAACAUGUUUUAGUAAAACUAUUAGAUUUUAAAGGCAAAAAGAGCAAAUUACUUAUAAAAAUAUUGAGGCUGGCAACAUACAGAGCAACGCAACAGUGGAGCAGUAUUUACAAGACACUAAGGAAAGAAAGUACCAGCCAAGGAUUUUUGUGUCCAGCCUUUAAGGAUCAAAGCUAUAGACAAACAGAUGAGGACUGAGUACAGAAAUUUAGAGAGCAUCCUAUGCCUUUCCUGGGGAAUGAGCUUCCCCCAAACAAGAGCUAACUGAGGAAACCGCCAAGUGACGGAUGGGAAGACUAGUAGAUACACAUACUUUCUAAUCAAAUAGAACAGGUGCAACUGAAAAAAACUGAAGGAGAAGGGAGAGCGAAAGGGGGAAACAUAAUCAUGUAACUGACCGUUAAAUAGGUCAUAGUUACUAAUCAAAUGACACCAUGUAAAAUGGACAGGCCAGAUGUUAAAGUGUUAAGAAAAAAGAAAAGAAUUAAUGUAAAAAUAUAAAAACUUAACCACUAAAGCAAAACAUAAAUAUUGGAAACCCUGUUCCAAAACCCUAAAAGAAAAAAAAAUAUUAAAUAGCAAAGAAUACACACCAAGUGGUGAAAGAAACACAAUAAGUAUACCAUAAUACAUGCAGUAAUUAUAACAGAAAAUAACAGGACAGAGUGGAGACCAAACCAUACCAGUAUAUGAAUUUACAAAUGCACUUAAUUUGCCUGUUAAAAGAUUUUCAAAUUUGGUCAUAAAGGAAAAGCCAACUCUAAAAGAGCAGAAGCUGUGAUCCUGGUAUCAAACAAAGUAGGACAGGCUAAAGAGCAUCCGAGGUGAAGAAGGACGAUUUAUGGCCAAAGCUUCAACUCCAUUGUGCAUGGCAGUGGGUCUGAAGCACUGUAGUUUGUAAAUCUGAAGUCAGAAGAAAGGCUGGAAGUGACGUGGGGAAGCGUAAGGACAAAGAAACUGCAAGAAUAAAGUAGACCUCGUGACAGCCACUAAAAUCCAUGAGGGCAAACUGGAACCUACCUCCAACAUCGAUAAUGCAAAAAACAAAACAAAACAAACGCCACAAUGAGAUAUCUCCAGUAGCAUGGCUAUUCUGUUUAAAAAAGCGAAAAUGAAAACGAAAAACCAGAAUAUAACGAAUAUUGAAAAGGAUGUGGUUCUCGGUUUUCUGCCCAAGCCCGCAGGAGCCUGUUCACGUUGAUUGACCAGAAUCCGGGAAUUUAACACUCCGAGCCCAUCCGGGUGGCCCUGACCCCCAGCUUUCUGUCCUUUGAAAACACGAAGAAUAAUGUCCCUGCAUCAAUUUUUGCUAGAGCCAAUCACCUGUCAUGCCUGGAACAGGGAUCGUACCCAUUGCCCUUAGCCCCAAUAACCACGAAAUCCACAUCUAUGAGAAGAACGGGAGGCAGUGGGUGAAAACUCAUGAACUCAAGGAGCACAACAGACACAUCACAGGUAUCGACUGGGCUCCCAAGAAUGACCGCGUCGUCACUUGCGGGGUUGACCGCAAUGCCUACGUCUGGGGUCAGGAGGAUGGUGUCUGGAAGCCGACCCUGGUGAUUCUGAGAAUUAACUGUGAGGCCCCUUUUGUCAAGUGGUCCCCCCUAGAGAACAAAUUUGCUGUGGGCAGCGGAGCACGACUCAUUUCUGUUUGUUACUCUGAGUCCGAAAAUGACCGGUGGGUAAGCAAGCACGUUAAAAAACCCAUUCGCUCCACGGUCCUCACCUUGGAUUAUCCCAACAACGUCUUGCUGGCAGCAGGAUCCUGUGAUUUCAAAUGCAGAGUGUUUUCUGCCUACAUUCAAGAAGUGGAUGAGAAGCCAGCCAGUAUGCCCUGGGGCAGCAAGAUGCCUUUUGGUCAUCUGCUGUCAGAGUUUGGUGGCAGUGGCCCUGGCGGCUGGGUGCGCAAGGUCAGCUUCUCCGCCAGCGGGAGCCGCCUGGCCUGGGUCAGCCACGAUGGCACCGUGUCCGUUGCCGAUGCCUCAAAAAGCAUGCAGAUCUCAACUCUGAAGACAGAGUUCCUGCCCCUCCUGAGUGUGUCCUUCAUCUCGGAGGACAGCGUCCUGGCUGCUGGCCAUGACUGCUGCCCCAUGCUCUUUAGCUGCGCCGACCGCGGCUGCUUGACCUUUGUCUCCAAGCUAGACAUCCCGAAACAGAGCAUCCAGCGCAACGUGUCAGCCACGGAGCGCUUCUGCAACAUGGACAAGCGGGCCACGACCGAGGACCGCAACCCGGCCCUGGAGAUGCUGCACCAGGACAGUAUCACUCAAAUGUCUAUUUAUGAGGCAGACAGGCAAGAUUGUCGCAAGUUUUGCACUACUGGCAUCGAUGGAGCCAUGACCUUUUGGGAUUUCAAGACCUUAGAGUCUUCUAUCCAGGGCGAGCCUCCCAGAUCCAGCAUGAGGACGGACAGGCUGCGCCGGGCAGCUCCGCCAUUCGCAUCAUGGGGAGGAGAGCCAGCCGCCAGGAAACACUGAAGACACAUAUGGCGCAAACCUUGUUCUGUGUUUUGUUUGAGAAUAAUUGGUGAAAGUAUCGGUUUUUUAAAAGCAGCAGUGAUUUGGGUUUUAUUUUUUGUUUUUUUUGUUUUGCUAUUUCAUUACAUUCUUGACCAAAGCUUCUCUUUAAGUAGUAUAUUAUGGAAAAGUGUCACACUAGCUUAAAGGAAGGGGUGGGGGAAGUAUGUAAAUUGUCUGCUAAAAAAUUAAAUGAAAAUACUGAAUGUGAAAAAAAAAAAGAGGAAAAGGAUGUGGAGCAAUUGGAACCCUUGUGUGUUGCUGGUGGGAAGGCAAAAUGGUACAGCUGCUGUGGAAAACACUUUGGCUGUGCCUUAAAAACUUAAACCUAGAAUUACCAUAUGAUUCAGCAAUGCCACUUCUGGGUACCUACCUAAAAGAAGUGAGAGCAAGGACUUGAACAUGUGCUCCCAUGUUCAUGGCACCGUUAUUCACAAGAGCCAAAACAUGCAAGCAGCCCGGUGUCCAUCAACAAAUGAAUGGAUCAGUGAAAUGUGACAUACAAUGGAAUAUUAUUCAGCUUUAAAAAGAAAGGAAAUUUAAAGAGCAAACAUGGUUCUGAUGCACCUAGGGGCAGGACAGGAAUACAGACGCAGACGUAGAGAAUGGACUUGAGGACAAGGGGAGGGGGAAGGGCAAGCUGGGACGAAGUGAGAGAGUGGCAUGGACGUAUAUACACUAUCAAAUGUAAGAUAGAUAGCUAGUGGGAAGCAGCCGCAUAGCACAGGGAGAUCAGCUCGGUGCUUUGUGACCGCCUGGAAGGGUGGGAUAGGGAGGGUGGGAGGGAGGGAGACGCAAGAGGGAAGAGAUAUGGGGACAUAUGUAUAUGUAUAACUGAUUCACUUUGUUAUAAAGCAGAAACUGACACACCAUUGUAAAGCAAUUAUACCCCAAUAAAGAUGUUAAAAAAAAA